AGCUGUUCGCUAUUAUCAAAUGUAAACAAAUCGUGUAGAUUAACAAAUUUUCUUGCAAAUUUACCUAAAAUGAAGCGUUUUUAUAAUAAUUUAAAUACAAUUUGUUUAAGAAAUUCAGCAGCUAUUAAAUAUCAACAACAAAGGCAGCAACAUGAUAAACAAACCACACAAAAUAAUCAAUUAUUCGGAGUUAAAUACUGUAUGAAUUUAGUGGAGAAAAAUGAUUAUGAAAAUUACUUGUGUACCCUGCUAUUGCCUAAGGAACAGAGAAGACAUGCAUUUGCUUUGAGGGCGUUUAAUGUCGAAGUGGCCAAGUGUUCCACUAAUGUCUCUGAACCUGCCAUAGCUAAAAUGCGCCUAAAAUUUUGGUAUGAUUCCAUAGAGAAAUGUUACGACAAAGAGAAAUCCUAUGUAGCCGACCAGCCCGUCCUGAGAGAAAUGAAACAUACCAUAGAUUCCUUUAAAUUAAAUAAACUAUAUUUAAAACGUUUAGUUAAUGCGCGUGAUCGUUCCCCCAACGAGCCCUUUAUUACUUUAAAAGACUUGGAAACUUAUGCCGAACAGACUUAUUCUUCAUUGCUAUAUUUAUUAAUCGAAUUGACUGGUGUUAAGGAUUUAAAUGUUGAUCAUGUUGCCUCACAUUUGGGUAAAGCUCAGGGUAUUGUGACUCUUUUAAGAUCCAUACCGUACACAAAACGUAGUCAGGCUUUAAGUAUACCCCAAGAGAUACUUAUUAAGCAUGGCGUUAGUCAGGAGCGCGUGUUGAGAGCUAAUCCUCAGGAUAAAGGUGUGGAGGAGUGCAUAUUUGAGGUGGCUACGGCGGCGCAUCAACAUUUGGAACAUGCGCGCGAUCUAUCCUCUAAUCUUCCAAAAGUUGUUCGCAAAAUAUUUUUACCCGCUGUCGCCGUAGAACGUUAUCUCGAACGCUUAAGAUUAGCCAAUUUCAAUCUAGUCCAUCAGUCGUGCUUACAAAGAGACUCCAUGUUACCUUUGGCCCUAUACAUGCGUAAUUUGAGAGGUAAAUUUUAAAUAGAAUCUAAAAUUUCAACAGGUACAAAGCGAUAAUUUUUGGAUAGAUCACGACAAG